AUGUCUCCUGUCACAGUGGCGGCUUCCGCAGCCGACCAACCGAGCGAUGCAAGCAAGGCUGAGCCGUCACCACCCGUGGACUCCAAGCCGGCCACAGUGACAAUUGUCGUUGACCCCGAUGGCAAUCUCUACCUCGAUACUGAGCCAGUUGAUAAUAGACCUUACCGCUUCCGCGUCUGUUCCGGCGCGCUUCGUCGUCAAUCUCCCGUAUGGAAAGCCAUGCUGUUCGGUCCCUGGUCGGAAUCGAAGCCGUCAUCCAACAACGGAGAGAAAUGGAUCGUUCAACUCCCAGCGGAUCCUACCCGCCCACUGUCAUUCAUUCUCUACAUGAUCCACGGGAGAUUUGAUAUAGUUCCGGACAAGAUUGGACUUGGAGACCUCUAUGACAUCUUGGUCCUCACCAACAAGUACGACAUGACCGGUAUCGCGAGACCUUGGUGUGCCCAAUGGAUAGGAGUCGCUAGGGGUAUGGCUGUUAGCAAGCCUACGACCAGCGGCAUUAGGCUUUCGAUGCCUGAUAUGGUCAAGUCCUUAUACGUGGCACGGGAGUUGGGGGACGAGAAGCUCUUCGCCCAUAGACUGAGGGAUCUUGCCGUACAAAGUAGAAUGGGCAAAGACGGUCGUUUAAGUUACGUCGCAGCGUCUGUGUCGAGCGAUAAUAAAGAGCCUGCCAGUCUCAACGAUGAGGAUAUUCUAGGACCACAUGAUGCACUAGAAGUUUAA